ACAAGCAGAAGCAGCAGCCCAACACGCAAACAGCUCCAAUAAAACAUUCUCCAGUAAAGCUAAUUAUCUUACUUGGCUAGACAAACCAAAAGGAGCCUUCAAAAUUCUCUUUCAUCUGGAGAAAAUUAAAGUGUGUUGUGUCACCUGGCUAGCUAUCCCCAACUACUUUUUCUACUUCUUGGUUUCUUCAUGGAUACUGCUGAUCAAUGGCCUCAGGAAGGAGCUCCACCAAGUGACCAGAAAAAGGUGAAGCCACAGAAAGACGAAGCUCCCUUGAACUGUCCAAGAUGUCACUCCACCAACACCAAGUUUUGUUACUUCAACAACUACAGCCUCACACAACCAAGACACUUUUGCAAGGCUUGCAGGAGGUACUGGACUAGAGGAGGCUCCCUCAGGAACGUCCCUGUGGGAGGAGGAUCAAGAAAGAACAAGAGAUCCAAUUCCCUGGUCACAAAGCCUACUGGAUCUCAAGAUGAUCAUCUCUCCUCACACUUCUCGUUCCAAAACCCUAGUAAUCUCAACCUGGCUUUCUCACAAGACUAUAACACCCUCGAAGCCUCUCGGUUGAACAACAAAGACAUUAACAAUAACAUCAUUCAGCUCAACUUGAAUUCCUCGUAUUCCACCUCAUCCCCGUCCACUUCAGCCUCGUUAUCCGCCAUGGAGCUUCUCAAGCUCAAUAGUACCGGGUUUUCGCAUACUUUUAUGCCGGUUGUGCAAAACCCGGGUAUGAUGAUGCAGUACUCGUCGGGGUUUCAGUUCCAGGAAUUCAAUAAGCCGCAACUAGGGUUUGGUGCUAACAAUCAGGAGAAUAUUAAUAUGAGUGGUGCAGGUGAACAAAGAUUGAAUUUCCCAUUCGGAGGAGCAUCGUCGAAGCAUCAUACAAGCGCAAAUGGAGUUGAUAGUGAAGAUAAUAAGGUGGAGGGGAAUCCAGGCGUGUACUGGAAUGGAAUGCCGAGCGGGGGAUCAUGGUAAUUAAUUAAAUACUGGGUGCUGCUUAAUAAUAAUUAAUUUAUUUGAUUAUUUUGGUUGUUUGUUUGGAGUGAUAUAUUCUUAUAUAUAGAACUAACAUUUGAUCGUAUAGGAUGUGUUAAUUCGGAUUUGUAUUUUCAAGGAAGUUGUUUCUGAAACCAUAUAUAUUAGAUAGCAUGCAUGGUGAAUUUAGGUUCCACACUCAUGUAUACCCGGCUUUGAUCGGUUUAAGAUUACCACUCUUUUGUUCUGAUCAGAGUAUAAAGUUGGAGACUUUGUGUUACUUUGUUUCAAUAUAUUUGCACAGUUUUAUUAAUGAAA